AUGGGCGGAAGCCGCCUCCCCUCCUGCUUCUCUGACAGGGGUCCAGCCCACCAGUUCUCCUGCUCGCAGAGGGCCCCACACUGGCAGAACCAUGAGGCUCCUUCUGCUCCUCUGCUUGGCUGCUCUAGAGUCGCCAGCAGUUUCUCCGUGGACCCUGAGGGAGAUCCCGUGGCCCAGCUGCAGGCUAUCUUCACUCUACUGGACAGAGGAUCAGGACCCAGGGUAGAGAUUUCCUGCGGGGCGGCCUUGGGCAGCCCACCCAUCACCUACAGCCUGCUCAGAAAGGAUGGGCUCCUCUACACAAAGGAGAGCCACAACGAUGGGCGCCCUGCCAACUUCUCCCUCUCACUGAAUCAGACGUCGAGCUGGUUCCGGUGCCAAGCUGAAAAUGACCACGGUGUCCAGUUCAGCCCCCUCAGGCUCCUGCCACCAGGUUGUGACCAGAAGAUGCAGGCUCUGCAGAGUCCCCCCAGGACAGCCAUGGUCCUUGCGCCCUACAGAAGGGCUCUAUUUGAAUAA